GGGCGAGCAGUACAGUCUCUUCCGCUGUAAACAGGAAGUGCUCCGCUGGUGAGGUCCUGGUGCCCGGAGUGCAGUUGGUGCCUGGCCGGAAUGGACAUUCUGAAGGCUGAGAUAGCGCGGAAGAGGAAGCAGCUGGAGGAGAAGCAGCUGGUCGGGGAAAGUAAGAAGUAUUUCAAGCGCAGUGAACUCGCUGAAAAAGAAAGGGAGGCUUACUUUGAGAGAUGUGGCUUCCAGCCUUUAAGUGAGAAGCCAACACAAAAGGUUCAAAAUACAGAUGAAGAGGAAAAGCCGUCAACGUCAAACAACCCUGUACUGGACUUAGAGCUGGCGGAAGAGAAAUUGCCUAUGACUCUGUCUAGGCAGGAGGUCAUACGGAGAUUACGAGAGAGAGGUGAACCCAUCAGACUGUUUGGGGAAACAGAUUACGACUCAUUUCAGCGCUUACGAAAGAUAGAAAUUCUUGCUCCAGAAGUGAAUAAGGGAUUAAGGAAUGACCUGAAAGCUGCUUUGGAUAAGAUUGACCAGCAGUAUUUUAAUGAUUUGGUGGCUGGUCAAGAACAAUCAGAAGAAGAUGCACAGAAUGACCUAAAAGUUCAUGAGGAAAACACCACAAUAGAGGAACUAGAGGUUUUGGGAGAGUGUCUGGGACAAGGCGAUGACAACAGAGACAUGGAUAUCAUUAAUAAAGUUCUUAAGUUUCUCUUAGGAGUCUGGGCCAAAGAUCUGAAUGCACGAGAAGAUUAUGUUAAGCGGAGUGUGCACGGUAAACUUGCAAGUGCCACACAGAAGCAGACGGAGUCCUAUUUAAAACCACUGUUCAGAAAAUUGCGUAAAAAGAACCUUCCUGCCGACAUUAAAGAGUCAAUCACGGAUAUUAUCAAAUUUAUGCUGCAAAGAGAAUAUGUGAAGGCCAAUGAUCAUUAUCUCCAGAUGGCAAUUGGGAAUGCCCCAUGGCCCAUUGGUGUGACUAUGGUUGGUAUUCAUGCCCGUACAGGCCGUGAAAAGAUUUUCUCCAAGCAUGUGGCACAUGUGCUGAAUGAUGAAACACAGAGGAAAUACAUACAGGGGUUGAAGAGACUAAUGACCGUUUGUCAGAAACAUUUUUCAACGGACCCGUCAAAGUGUGUAGAAUACAAUGCAUUGUGAAUGUGUCUAUGAAGCUUGUAUUCACAACUACAGUUAUCACCUAUUUUUUCUAUUGGAAAGAUUUGUUAAAUUAUUAAAAUUAUUAUACAUUUUAAUGAAA